AUGUCUUCUCAAGUCGAACCAUACCGUCCCGCCCAGGAUGGACAAAACAGAGGAGGCCGGCCUCAAAGCUCUUCACCUCCACGGUUCUACGGACCCAUUACUCCUACGAUCUCUACUCCCCCAGAGUCCGAUUCUCUAAAGCCCACUCCACCCGUCUCAUAUCGUCAUUCGCAUUCUUUCAGCACCGCAAAUGCCGGCGGACAACCGCCUGUGAACACGCGCGAGCGAAGCAGUAGCCACUCGCUAUAUCCCUCGUCAUUAAUCCCCGGAGGAAAAAGUGCUCCCUCAUCACCCCGCUCUCGGUCACCGUCUUACAGCGCAUAUCCCGGUGGCCCCCAGCACCCGCAGACCCGAGAGCGUAGUGGCAGCUCCUCGCCGCACCCCAUGCAACUGCAGCCCGGAAGCAGGCCUUCCUCGCGCCCUCACUCCCCUUCUCUCUCCGGCGCCAAGGAACUCCACUUCGAUGAUACUCCCCCGUCUUCGUCCCGACAGCUCUCUUUCUCUGGUGGAUACGCUCCCUAUUCUGCUCCUCCUCAACAAUUCUCUCCACCAACAGGCGCUCCGCCUCCGGGUCCCAUGUACCCGCAACAUUCUCCGGCGCCCUCCUUCAAUGGCGGCUAUCCCAACGGCGGUUAUCCCAACGACUUCCCACCACCACUGAACGUGUCCGGCCCCCCUCCCCCUAAUAACCCCCUCAACGGCGGCUAUUCCAACAGGCCUCCGCUUCCACCGAAAGUGCCCGCUUCUCAACCCCAGGUCGAUAACUCCUUCUACGCUCCCCCACCACCCCAUUAUCCGCCUCCUGGUGCAGAGCCCCAGUACCCUCCACCAGGCAGUACCCGUACCCCCGAACCCGCCAACGCCUCUUACUACAACCCCCAAGUCUCAAUGGAGGGUUCCGGGACCGCCGACGACGAGGAAAAGGGUCUGGGAACUGCGGUCGUCGGUGCCGGCGCCGGCGGAUUCAUGGCACACAAGCUUGGUAGCGGGAAGAUGGGGACUGUGGGCGGUGCGAUAGCGGGUAGCGCUGUGCUGGGUAUCGGAAAGCAUAUAUACGACAAGAAGCAGAAAAGGAAAGCAAAGGAAGAGCGCAAGGAGCACAGGAAGCAGGACAAAGCCGAGGCGAAGAUGAUGAAGCGACGAACCAAGGCGCUGUGUAAGCAGAACCGGAUGUUGGCGCGGAACGGACUAGGCCCGUGCCACCUACAGACACGCCAGCAGAUCGACCGGAAUAAGAGCGAUAUCACCGCGAACAUGGCCAUGUUGGGGAUUGGAUAUGAAGCGCUUCAUCGUAGGCGUGGUUCGGGCUCCAGCUCCAGCUCCAGCUCCAGUUCCAGUUCGAGUUCGAGUUCGGACAGUGAUUAG